AGCUCCCCACCACACUGCCCAGAGGCCCCUGCCUGAGCCCCACCAGCCGGGAUCCCCGCAGUGCCCGCCAUGGACAUCACCAUCCAGCAGCCCUGGUUCAAACGCGCGCUGGGCCCCUUCUACCCCAGCCGGCUGUUCGACCAGUUUUUCGGCGAAGGCUUCUUUGAGUACGACCUGCUGCCCUUCCUGUCGUCCACCAUCAGCCCCCACUACCGCCAGUCCCUCUUCCGCACGGUGCUGGACUCCGGCAUCUCGGAGCUCAUGACCCAUAUGUGGUUUGUUAUGCACCAACCACAUCCUGGAAACCCCAAGAGCAACCCCACCAAGGUCCGAUCCGACCGUGACAAGUUUGUCAUCUUCCUGGACGUGAAACACUUCUCUCCAGAGGACCUGACUGUGAAGGUGCAGGAGGACUUCGUGGAGAUCCAUGGCAAGCACAGCGAGAGGCAGGUGCGGCUCCUGACCCCCUUAGAUGGAUCGCAGGAACCCUCACUGAAGCUUGAGUGGUCUGUGGGGUCACAGGAUGACCACGGCUACAUCUCCCGCGAGUUUCACCGCCGCUACCGCCUGCCUUCCAACGUGGACCAGGCGGCACUCUCCUGCUCCCUGUCUGCCGACGGCAUGCUGACCUUCUCUGGCCCCAAGGUCCCGUCUGGCAUGGACGCCGGCCACAGUGAGCGAACCAUCCCCGUGUCACGGGAGGAGAAGCCCAGCUCUGCGUCCUCGUCCUAAGCUCUGCCCGGCCCCGGCUGCCACCCACUGCUGCCCCCUGCAACCAAUCCAUGGGGCGGGGGGCGGGGGGGGGGCUGGAAAGUGAUGCAUUUGUCUUCCUUCGCUUUCUGCUUUCCCAUUUCCUUUUCUUCUUCUCCGAGGGAGUGAGGGUUGAGAGUAGCCUGGAGGGCUUUGGGCCUCGGCCUGAGGUGCUGCGACCUCAGGGUGACCUGAUCCCAGCACCAGCCAGCUGGUGGGAGCGACGGCCACCGCAGCUCCUCGAGGCAGCUGCCUCGUGCUCCCGGGGGACGCAGGCUGGUCUCAGCUAACGGUGAGGUCAGCAGAAGAACACGCCUGCUGAGCCAUCCCUGGGUGACCCCUGGGUAUUUAGGGCCAGCCAGGUGCAUCUGACCCUCAGCAGUGGGCGCCUGCCUCAGGGCCGAGCCCGGCCUGCCCGCGUGUCUGCGGUGCCCUGAGGUCCGUGCGUCCGGGCCUUCGGCGGCCUGCUUCUCUCAGACCACCCCCCCUCCACCUUCCUCUCUGUAGCGCUGCUCCUGGGCCGUCUGGUCACCCAUGAGAAUGCAGUCCGUGGCAGUCAAUAAAGAACAAGUGACACAAGCAACUUGCUGU